AUGUGCUGGACUGGAAAACUUCUUCAGAACAUAGUCAAAACACCAGCCCAGCUCCAUUUUAAGAUAUCGCAGUGCAAGCGUAUCAUUAUUCGACGGACCAAAAAGCAGGGAGAUGUUAUGAUUCGUGGUGAAUUGUUUUAUAAUUCUGACACAGGUGCUCCCAGGACUAUUUGCCGAAAAGGAAAAAAAGCAGAAAUGAUACAACCGUCUACAAUUUCAAAAGGAAUAGAUGUAAAACCACUAAAGCUCAGAGAUGUGAGAAAUCUACUACAAAAGCAUUAUAGUGAAGACUGGAAGGAGUUACCUUAUUUGGUAUACUACAAGAAUGUUUUAUUUAACCUAGAUGAAGAAGAAUUACAGUUACUGUGA